GACCACGAAGUACUAGUGGCCAGUCUAGUCUAUUUUUAGCACACUUGGCAAGAUGGCAGCGGGCGAGCAUGUCGGGUUGUUCCCGUGGCUGGUUAUGCUACUUUUACCGGAGGAAUGCUACGUGGAAUUCUUUGAGAAGUUCAAUUUCUUCGACGGACCAUGCCUGAAGAUUGCUAUCAGCAAAGGACUUGGAUUUGGGAUCAUUCUCGGAUCGGUCAUGGUGAAACUGCCUCAGAUCGUCAAGAUUAUCAUGUCCAAGAGUGGGGCAGGCAUCAAUGUGAUGGCGGUCACCUUUGAACUGACGGCCAUCUCGUUUACUUGGGCAUAUGCUGUGGCAAACUCUUUCCCUUUCUCUGCUUGGGGUGAAGCCUUGUUCAUGGCAGUCCAGACUUCCGCUAUCGCCACCCUCUGUUUCUGGUACAAAGAGCAGACGCUACAGGCCAUCCUCUACGUCUCCGGUUACCUAGCUGUCAUGUGGGUCCUUCUGUCGGGUGUCACUCCUCUGAGUGUCCUGUCGGCCAUGCAAGCGACCAACAUUCCUAUCGUGGUCCUUAGCAAGCUGAUUCAAGCUCAGACCAACUACAGCAACGGCCACACUGGCCAGCUAUCGGCCGUCACAGUCUUCCUACUAACCCUCGGCAGCUUGGCCAGGGUCUUCACCACAAUUCAGGAGACGGGCGACGACAUGAUGACCUUGACUUACAUCAUCUCCACCGCAGCCAACGCAGUUGUGGCCUUCCAGGUCUUGUGGUACUGGAAACGGACUGAGGAGUUUACCAAGCGUCAGCAAUCCAAGAAGGAUUAGAAGAGACACUUUUGGAAUCUUCCUUAUUCCGCCUUCAUAAUUCUGCAUUUCCUUAUGUGCAGUUCUUUAUUCAGAGUUGGAAUAUUAAUUUCAAAAACCUGGAGUUUGAUCUUGGCUGAUUUUUUGGGUGGUUCCGGUAAAUGGAUUCAAUCGUAGACAAUCUUAAGGUUCACAAUUUUGGUUGAUGCCGAUUUGAUCUUACUGGAUGAGUGGUUUUGCAAGAGUAUUUGUUUAUAAAAACUUUCCAUACCUCUUGUACAAGUUUCCUCUGUAAAGCCUGAAGCAGGGUAUGUGCUGGA